AUGUCCGGAGGUUAUCAAUCAAUCAAAACAUUCCCAAUCGAUAUUAAAAAUUCACUCUAUAAUUCAAAUAAAUCAUAUCGAUUAAUACAAUUAACAAAUGGUAUACUAACCCUAUUGAUAUCUAAUCCAGUUACCAAUGCUGCUGCCUGUGGUCUUUGUGUUGCUUCUGGUUCCCAUUUAGAUCCACCCCAAUUACCAGGUCUUGCUCAUUUUUGUGAACAUAUGUUAUUCCUUGGAUCAAAGGAAUUCCCUAAUCCUGAUGAAUUUGUAGGAUUAAUAACUUCAAAUGGUGGUAAUACAAAUGCUUUUACCACUGGAGAACAAACUUGUUUUUACUAUGAAAUUCCUGUCAAUUCUUCGGAAUACAAUAAUGAGUUGGUAUUUAAUUAUUCCUUACGAAAUUUUUCAUCAUUUUUUAAACAUCCAUUAUUUCAUUAUGAAUUAUCAAAAAGAGAAGUAUCAUCUAUAAAUAAUGAACAUGAUGCAAAUAAAUCCAAUAUUAAUAAGAUAUUCUAUCAUGGAUUAAAAUUAUUAGCAAAUAAAGGGAAUCCAUUCAGUAAAUUUGGUACGGGAAAUUUAUUUACUUUAACUGAAGCCCCAAAAAUUCAUAAAAUAGAUGUUAGAAAUAAUUUAAUCAAUUACUUCCAAACAAACUAUACUCCAGAUAAAAUGUCAUUGGUAAUAGAGGGUCCACAGUCCUUAAAUCAUUUACAAAGAUUAGCUAUUUCAAAUUUCAAUACCAUUGACUUAAAAUUUUCUUCAUCUAGAAAUUCAACCUCUUCAUAUAAUUCAAACACAAAUAAUACCCCUAAUCACCCCUUGAAUAUCUUGAAUGAUGCCUAUUCUUCAUCUUAUUCUCAUAUCCCAUACGCUUUUGGAUCUGAAAACAUUAAUAAAGUCUUGUUUAUAGAAAACCAUAAUAAUUCAAUAAUUCAACUAGUAUUUCCUAUAAAAGACUCAGAUGAAAUUGAGAACUUUGACUUUUAUGAAUAUGUUUGGUGCAAUUUAUUAGGUGAUGAAUCACAAUCUUCACUUUGCUAUUAUUUAAGAACCACCAAAACUUUUAUAAGUUCAAUAAUGGUAUUCACACAACGUUUAACAGAGCAUGAGAAAGUUCUCCUUAUUGAAUUGGAGCUCACUAAAGAUGGUGAAAAGAAUAUCAAGUCAAUCAUGGCAAUUAUCUUCAAAUACAUUGCUGAUGUGAUAACAAUAAAUAGACAUCAAUUGAUUAGGUAUUUUAUAGAAUUACAGACCAUAAGAAGUCAUGCAUUUUACUAUCAAUCAUCAUCAACAUCAAUCAUGGAUGAAGUAUCCCAUCUCUCCCAGCUAUUACAAGGAGAUUUGAAUAACUUAGGGAUAGAGAAUUUUCUCCAGAAUUAUAAAACCUUAGAUACUUCAAGUGAGAAUAAACCUUUUUGGAACAAGUUGAUUAAUGAAUUCUGUAAAGUUACAGAAAAUCUUCUAGCAAUGAAUAAUUUCAACUUGAUAGUUGUUUCCAAGCAAAUUCAAUAUUUGAAUUCUUUGGUGAACACACGAGAGGUUCUUCAAAAUAUUAUAUUAGAAAAGGAUAAAUUUUAUCAUUUCAAACAUUUUACCAUUUCAAUGAAUCCAUUGGACUUGUAUAAAUUCACUCAUUUACUGAACUUCCCAAUAUUCUCAAUUCCAACUUCUAACUUAUUCCUUUCUUUCAAAUUAUCUCAAUUAACUAAAUUAUUACAAGAACUAUGCACAACUGAUAAUGAACUUAAUUAUUUGUUUCAAACCAAGCCUAUUUCAAUUAACAAGCACCCUCGACUUCUUGAUUAUUCUCAUCGAUUUGAGAUUUGGCAUAAGAGAGAAUUUGACCUUGUGUAUAAGAAACAAGUUACUACUUCAUUCCAAAUUCAAGCCAUUGAAAUGCCAUCUACUGCUUUGACCCAUGUUGCCAUGGAACUUUUGUGUGAUUUGAUAGGUAAUGAACUUCGUUAUAAACUUUACCCUGCCGAAUUGCUUGGUUAUUCAUGGGGAUUGUACGCAAAUCUUACAGGUACACCUUCAAUAUGCAUUCACAUAAGAGGUCCAACUAGAGAUUUCUUAUCUGUUUUAAAAUAUGUCAUUUCUGAAUUUGUCAAUUUCUUAACUAUUGAAGUUAGACAACUAGAAUAUAAGAAACUUCUAAAAGUUCGAAUCAAUUUAAGGAAAGAAUAUGAAGAAUUAAGAGUAAGCAAUGGCAUAAAACAAGCUCUUGCUGGUGCAGCAAUGUUGCUUGAAAAGGAUGUAUGGUCUAUCGAAGAAAGAGUUGAUGCACUUGAACUCAUUGACCAAACAACCUUGAAUCAAAUAUGCUCUCAACUAAUACUGACUGUAACGUACACCAGAACAUUUGUCAAUGGAGAUUGUGAUGAAAAUUAUGUGACAAACAUUGGCAAAAUCAUUAAUAAACUAACCAAACAUGAAGUAUUACUCCUCCAAUGUCCGAAUCUUAAGGAACCGAGUAGUUAUUUGUUUCUGGAAGGUAGUGAUUAUAUUAUAGAAGUAACCAAUCCAAACAACGAAGAUCCGUUGCAUACACUUUACUAUCAUAUUCAAUUAGGAACUAGAGAUGAUCUAGAAUGUAGAACUAUGGGCUCAUUAGUAAGUUAUAUCUUAGGAAGUAAUCUUGAGUAUGAAUUGAGGACUAAACAUCAAUUAGGGUAUGCUCUAUUCAGUGGUUUAAAGAUAUCAAGAGCUUCCAUAGGAAUUUAUAUAUGUAUUAUAAGUGGUGACCAUAGUCCAGAUAAAUUAAAAGAAGAAGUUGAAAAGUAUAUUUUCAAUUGGGAACUUGUCUUACAGUCAUUGUCUUCAGUCGAUUUUCAAAACAAAAUCAUCAGCAAGUUUCUUGAAAGUCAGAAUGAAAAUUUAGAAGAUUGUGGUAUGCCAUCAAAUUUAGUAUAUGCUAUUACACCAUCUAUAAAUAGUUCAAAUUUUGUAUCUGAUACUCAAUCUUAUCGACAUCAUUGGAAUCUGUUUGAAAAGAUUUUAAGCAGGACUUACAGGUUUCUGUCUUUAGGUGGUAAAGAAGAAAUUGAUUUAGAAUUAAUAAAAUCAACAACUAAAGAAAUAUUAAUAAAUUAUUAUCAAAAGUUUAUAUCUAUUAAAUCUCAUACAAGAACCACACUAAGUAUACUUAUCAAAUCGUCCAUGAGUGAAAAUCAAAUCAAGCAUAAUAUGAUGGAGAGUCACCUCUCUUCUUAUCUUGAAAGUAAAGGUGUAAAUUUAUGUAAAGAAGAUGUUAUCAAUAUUCUUGAAACCUGCAAU